CUCCUCCUCCUCCUCCUCCUCUUCCUCCCUGUUUCUGUUGGUGCCGCUCAGCUCAGAAGACGCGCAGUGGACUCGACCUCAUCCCGAGCAGUGCAGCCGGUUUUCAAAACAGGACUUCAUACUGUAAAAACUGUGGAUGCUGCGGCUCAGGAAAUGCCUUGUGGACUCUUGGUAGUCAUUUAGCGAAUUUUGUUUUGCUCCUCUGAGGAAUCUGUGUUUAUCUGAGCAGCGAGCGGGAGAAGUCCGUGGAAUAACUGAAGCUGCAGGACACGAACUGGUGCGUCAGGAUGCUCUGGCUGCGGCAACAUUUCACUUUGACAGCAGUGGCAGUUGUUGUGCCGCUGGCGUGUGUGCUGUCCUUCAACGUGGACCAGAAGAAUGCCUUGUCCUUCGACGGUCCGCUGGAGGACAUGUUUGGCUACACCAUCCAGCAGUUUGAGAACAGUGAGGGGAAAUGGGUUCUGAUUGGAUCACCGCUGUCGGGUCAGCCAGCCAAACGAACCGGAGAUGUCUACAAAUGUCCAGUAGAACGGCAAGGCAACAAAUGUGUCAAACUGGAGCUGCCCAAAAACACAACCGUUCCCAACUUGCGUGAAGUCAAGGAGAACAUGACCAUGGGAAGCACACUAGUGACCAAUCCCAACGGAGGAUUUCUGGCGUGUGGUCCUCAGUACGGCUACAUGUGCGGCCAGCAGCAGUACAUCUCGGGAGUCUGUGCGAAUGUCAGCUCCUCCUUUGAGAUCCUCAACUCCGUGGCACCGGCCGUGCAAGAGUGUGCGAAGGAGCUGGACAUUGUGAUUGUUCUGGACGGAUCCAACAGCAUCUACCCCUGGUCCAGCAUCACCAACUUUUUGAGCCGCUUCAUUGAGAAAAUUGAGAUCGGGCCGAAACUCUCGCAGGUGGGCAUUGUGUCCUAUGGUGAGACCGUUACUCACCGUGUCAACCUGAGCCAGUUUGACAACACUCCUGCUCUGCUGGAUUUUGUCAAAGACCUUCCUCAGCAGACCGGCUUCAAGACCAUGACUUUCCUGGGCAUCGAUACUGCCAGGAAGGAAGGCUUCAUGCCAGAGCGAGGUGCACGACCUGGAGUGAAGAAGGUCAUGGUGAUUGUGACAGACGGAGAGUCACAUGACUUCUAUAAUGUCGACAAGGUCAUCGGAGCCUGUGAGGACGAUGACAUCGAGAGGUUUGGCAUUGCCGUUUUGGGAGAUUACAAUCGUCAGAACAAAAGUGCAGAAGACGUGCAGAAGUUCAUCAAAGAGAUCGAGUCGAUCUCCAGUCAGCCGCUACGAGAUCACUUCUUCAACGUGUCGGACGAGUUUGCUUUGCUGAACAUUGUGGAUGCGUUGGGAAGCAGGAUUUUUGCCUUGGAAGCUACAACUGGAAACUUCACCUCCUCCUUUGAGAUGGAGAUGUCCCAAACUGGGUUUAGUGCUCACACUUCUAAAGACGGUGUGUUACUGGGAGCAGUGGGAGCGUAUGACUGGAACGGGACGGUGGUCAUGCAGACUGCUGGAGAAAGUAUUGUUCCAAAGAAAAACGAGUUCUACAACCCAGAGAUUGAGGUUGGGUACGAAGGACUGGCCGGGUACCUCGGCUAUGAUGUUCAGUCAGCGUCCACCCCAGACGGAGUGCUGUACAUCACAGGUGCACCACGAUACAACCAUACGGGCCGCGUGGUCAUCUACCGUCUGAAUGAAACAAACAACGUCGUGGUGUCGCAGAUACUGAAAGGAGAGCAGAUUGGUUCUUACUUCGGCAGCGUCCUGCAGACUCUCGACGUCGACGGGGAUUCCUACACGGACCUCCUGUUAGUGGGAGCUCCAAUGUACAUGGGCUCAGAGAGAGAUGAGCAGGGACAGGUCUACGUCUACAAAAUCGAUAAGACCGGCCACUUCAAGCACGAGUUCACGCUGAAGCCUAUCAAUCAGUCGUGUUGCACCGCCCACUCAGCCAGCUGCACGAAUAAAAAUGAACCGUGUGGUGCCCGCUUUGGUACGGCCAUUGCAGCAGUGUUAGAUAUGAACCUUGAUGGGUUUAACGAUGUGGCGAUCGGAGCACCUUUUGAGAAUGAUCACAGAGGAGCCGUCUACAUCUAUCAUGGAGACAAGACGUCACUGAAAGAGAAAUUUGUGCAGCGUAUCCCUGCAGGUGGCGACGGUACAAAGGUGAAGUUCUUCGGUCAGUCCAUACACGGAGUCAUGGAUCUAAAUGGAGAUGGAAUCACUGAUAUUACUAUAGGAGGUCUGGGUGGAGCUUCGCUGUUCUGGUCCAGAGACGUUGCAGAGCUGCACGCCAACAUGACUUUCAGCCCUGCUAAAAUCAACCUGCAGCAGUCUCAGCACCAGUGUGAGCACGGUGGACGCAAAUCUGUGUGUGUGACGACCGAAGUGUGUUUCUUCUACAGCAUCAAAUCUGACCAGACGGGCUCAGACUCCAAUGCGGAAAUCCGCUAUAGUUUGACUCUGGAUGCUCUGCGUGCAAAAGCCAGGGCUUCAUUUCUUAACGCGUCGGAUAAAAAUGACCGUCGGCUUACCAAGGCCUUCGUCAUCAAAGACAGACAGAGAAAAUGCGUGAAGGAAGCUUUCAUGAUGUCGGCCCGGCUGGACUUCCGAGACCCUCUCCUGGUGUCGUUGGAGUUUGGACUAGUUAAUGAGGACCAAGGUCCCGUCCUGGAUGAAAACCUUCCCAAAUCCAUCAACAAGACAAUUCCUUUAGUGGACUGUGGAAGUGAUGAGAAGUGCAUUGCUGACCUCUCCCUCAAAGCAGUGCCGAGUGUGACAAGCAUGCUGAUCAAAGUGAACGACAACGCCAAGAUUGACGUGAACAUCAACGUGAAAAACAGCAAAGACAACGCAUAUAACACCAAAGUUAUCGUCAGUUUCACGCCAAACAUCAACUACGUUAAAGUAGAGCCAGAGAAAGACUGCACUCUGAAUAACACCAAGGUUGAGUGUGCUGUUGGAUACCCCUUCCUGGGAAACAAUGUACAGGAAAGCUUUAAGGUGAAAUUCGAGGUGAAUCCGAAUCACAUUCAGGAAGAAAUUCAGAUCAAUGUGACAGCUACAAGUGACAGUGAAGAGCUGCUUUCUACGAUGAGUGACAACAGCGUGCAGAUCAAAAUCCCUGUGAAGUACGAAGCUGGACUCACAUUCAGAGUGUCGCACGUGGACGAACACAUUGUAGUAAAAGAGGGCGAACAGUAUGUAGCGGAAAUUAAUGACACCAGCAUGAUUGGAGAGGAGGUCAACAUCAGCUAUACGGUGGAGAAGUCAGGUGACAGCGGGCUUCCAUCUCUUGAACUCAACGUGGCGUAUCCUCACCGGUCUCCGCUGGGGAACAGGUUACUGUACCUGACACAUGUCACCACCACCCCACAGGUGAAAUGUUAUGCAGCGCAGUUCAUCAACCCUGAUCAAAUCAACCCAAAAUCUGUAGCGGUCAGCCCAAAGAAAGAAACGCUCAGCGUCUUCCUACUGCGCUGUGAAAACAUAGACUGUGCCGUUUUUAGCUGCUCCAUCGGUGACGCUAAGAUCAAUCAGGUCAACGUCACGUUCAGAGUGUGGAAAGCUACGUUCAUCAAGGGCGAGUUUUCCAGUUUGCACAUGAUGGUGAACGGGACUUUGAUGGUCAAAGACACAAAGCUGUUUGAACUGGGCAGCAACGGCAAGAUCAGAAGUGUGAAGAUCCAGGUUUCGAAAGAGACCGUUGGAGGAAUCCCUUUCUGGAUCAUCAUCCUCAGCAUCCUCAUAGGACUGCUGAUCUUAGCGCUUGUCAUCUUCAUUCUCUGGAGGUUGGGCUUCUUCAAAAGAAAAUCCAGGGACUACUCGAAGGAGGAAAUGGCGAACUGAGGUUUCCAGGCAGCCACCAUCAGGUCGCACAAAAGUGACAGUCAGUCGGACAGACGGAGGAGACGCCACAAGACCCACAGACACCUCAGUGCUGUGACACAUCGACUACCUGGAAAACACCGUCACUGUUUCCUACGUUGGCGUGAAUUAGAUAGUGUUUGCAAAUGCUUCCUCGCUCUUUUACUGUGCUGCUUCAAGCGCUGAGUUACAACACUGGGGCUACUGAGAUGGUCUCACAGGCAGAGACACAGCCACUCACUGUAUCUGAAGUAUUUGCAAACGCUAAAUUGUUCCACACCAGCUUCUUUAUCGCAGAUAUACAGUAAACAUGAAGUCAGGUCAAGCAGUUCAAGAAGAGGAGGUGAGAGGGAAGCAGCCGUCACUUACCAGGAAUCUGUUGGCAAAGUAGCAUUAUAUAUAUCUGUAUUACAUACAGCAGAAUUAGCAGCACUUCAGCUUUAGAACAAAAAAAAAGUACUCAGGUUUUUUACUAUGAGGAUCCAAAGUUGCCUAAGCCACCUUACACAGUUAGAAUGCGUCACAGCAUGAAUGCCCAAAGCUCGAACAAGACUAUAUGUGAACUUUACAUGUGUUGGAGCAGCCUGUCUAAUAGCUUAAACUCUUGUUUUAAAACGUUUUUUUUAACGAAACACUGUAUCUUUUAGCAUUUUAUAGCAGUUUGUUUGAACUUAACAGUAUAUCAUGGCACAUCCUUAAUUUCCAAAUGUUAGCUAAAGACAGAAACAUCUUUAAAGCAAAGGUUCAGUGUGUAUGCUUUUGUUUUUUAUACUUGUAAUUGUAGUUAACCAACUGUGAUGUUAAAUGUCACCGUGGUUACUGAGGCAUACAGAAAGCUGUGCCUUUAAAAUUGAAACCUUUGAUUGUACUGUAAAUAUACGUGCUCACGAAAUGUAAAGCUUAAAAAUGUAUAUAAUUGUGUUUGCAUUUAAUUUAAUGUUAUUUUUUUGUGAUCAGUGAUCAGAGACAUGAUUUCGCUCAGGUGCUACAAGUAUCAUGAAUGACGACAUUAACGUUUGACACAUUAUAAGAAAUUUAUCAGGCUUUUAUCACAAUUUCAGAGCUGAUGCAAAUAUGUAAAUAGUGUUAUAUUUUGAUGAAAAAUGAAAGUAUAAUUAUUCUGUACUGAAAUAUACAUGAAGAUGAGGGUUUGUAUCCACUAUUUUGGUUCUAUUUGAUUGAAAAUUCUAUUCCCAACCCGUUGAAUGGCUGUGAUUUGAAUGUUGGCUGAUUGAGAAGAGAAACCAAUGAAUACAUUGAUUUCGACCUUUUCAUUUGCAAAAUGUUCCUCCAGUUUAGAAAUAAAUGUUCUUCGCUCACCAGUUUUCCAUCUGAAGGGAUUCACUGGUAGCCUCCUUGUCACCCCAUAAGCGGUACACAGUACCUCAUUCAUUCAGGUUCUCUCCCUUGUUUUUGUUUCCAGAAGUUGCACAGCUACACAAAAUGUUAGAAGAGAUUAUAUUGUAUAUGGAGGAGAAUAAGUUCCUGCCUGUUUCUUGACUUUCCCCUUGUUGUUGUAUAAUAAAGCUGAGGGAAAACACAAAGAAGAAGAAGAGGCAGCCUUGAAUAUUUUAGUACUCCUCAGCUUUCACUUUCCACUGUUGACACGAAGCACAUGUAAUAAGUUGUAUGUACAGAAUGUGUAUCUGUUAGUCAUUUUACGAUUGUACGGCCACAUCGGGCUCAUGCACGAGGGUGGACCUGUUGGUCUCUCUUUGUUCACUUGAGGCGGUCUGGGAUCAUUUUCUCAGAUCAGAUUUGCUUUCGGAUAACUUCUGAGGAAGUGUAAGGCACAAAGUGAGAGUUGUGAGCUCCAGCCCAGCCUUCGACACUGCUGUGAAGUCUUCAUUGUAAUGCACUGGUUUGUCAGACUGUAUGUGUCCUCAUCAGCACAGAAAUGAACUGAAUCUUCUGUACAAAAAUAAAGACUUUUUACAAAGAA